AUGGUAGUAAUUCGGGAUGUCCACGACGCAGUUCAAUUGAUCCGCGAAACAGUUAGCGGCCAGAACUCGAACGAAGCCCGACAGAAAGCCCUUAGCAGUCAUCUCAAUAGUAUGGACCAAGAGCUGUCCAUCCUUGAGAAAGAAAUAGCAGGCAAAGAUCCAACCAAGUUAAGGGCGAGGAUUGUCCUGGUUUUGAAGUCAGCCGAGACAGAGCGAGCAUUGCAGAGGCUUGAGAACCACAAAACAACCCUUCUACUCUAUCUCCAGGCAUUUAGCUUUAGUCGCUCUGAGGGGAUUCGUUGUUCCCAGAAUUCAGCAGAGGCUCGUCUGCAAUCUCUCAUAGAGCAGCAGGAUAAAUAUGGAAGCGCCAUGCGAACUGAUCUCGAAAAUGGCCUAGAAGAUCUUAGUGAGAAAAUGGGAAGCCUGGACUCUGCUGUUGGCAUCUCCCAGGAAAGCUUAAAGGAGGGCUUCUCUACCACAUCUCGUGAGAUACAGGUCUCUAGGGAACAUCUGAGGAACAUCAUUCGUCACGAGCUGCAGCGCCAACUUCAACCGCUUGUUCAAGAGACCAUGAAAAGAUCCGAGAUGCGGAGGGCGGCUACUCCUAAGCAGCUCUGCCCAGAUGUGGACGCUGCGACAACUCCGGUUACGACCGCUAUUGGCAGGAAAAGAGUCGUCAGGGUGAUUCGAGUAUUUGAUAUAAUGGGAUUGCUUUUCCCUAGGCUUGAUCUUGUUCAGAUAGGCAUGUUUGCCGUCGGGUACGUUGGCGUCAUGGCGGUGAUGAAGUAA